UCUAGAUUCUAGAACAUUGAGAUUGUGUGAUCAAUUUGCUGAGCUGGUAAGAAAAGAUAAAAAGUUAUGCCUCCAUCCCAAUGGACUUUCUUGACAGAUUUCACUGCUACGUCUGCUAGCAAAUUUCGUCUUAGUUAAAUUUUCAAGCCUUGGGAUUCCUCUUCCUUUUUAACUUUUUCCUUUAUUUCUUUUAUUCAUCAAUCGAUCAUCCUUGAGCUCUAAUAUUGGAUUGGAACCGGAACAAGAGCAAAAUGUGGCAAUGUGCAAUAUUCACUUUCUGAAUGAUGCCGAGUAUGAUUCCCACCGCCACUGAUCUAACCCAGCCGUCAUCAAUUCUUCCGUCUCAGCGACAUGGCCCUUCUUCGGCUUGGAUCACCACCCGGCUGAGAAGUUCUCUGGCUUUUGCCCAUAUCACAAUGACAAAUACUAGUAGUUUUUUAUAAAUAAUAAUAAAAAAAGAUGAAGUCAUAGAAGAAAGAGAGCAGAUGCAUGCAGGGAAGAAGACGUGUUGGGUGUGUAUUCCAGCUCAGGUCUCCAACCAGAACAACUCACACACACCACCCCAGGAUUGUUUAGCCACUCCACCACUCACCAAAUUUAGCCAUACUCUUUUUCACCUCUCAAGCUCACACAGAGGACAAGGGAAGAAGAAGGACUAUACUCUAACUCUCUGGUUACUCACACAAAGGAGGAGAUACACUCUCAAUAGCUACUGCCCACUAGUUUCACGCCUCACUCACACAAAGGAGGAAGUCGACUCUCUCAUACUCACUGGCCACAAAUAUAUGGAGCUCAAAAAGAUGCUUUCCUAAUCAAGUGAGUCACAUGUCUAAGAAAGACAAAACAAAGGGAGCCCAAACGUAAGGUAGCAGAUAGGAUAGCAACGGGCAAGACAUAACAAGGCCAUGUGAUUAGGUAGUGAACAAACCAAGAGGAAAUAAUAGGAGUACGGCUAAACUUAGGGUGCAGGCCUUAACACGAAUAAGUGGAAG